AUGGGUACAAUUAAAUUCACAAUGAAGGAAAUAUGUUGGGCAUUUUCUAUCUAUUUGGAAGCUGUUGCUAUUCUCCCACAGUUGGUUCUGCUGCAGCGAAGGGGAAAUGUUGACAAUUUGACCGGUCAAUAUGUUUUCUUUCGUGGGGCAUACCGUGCAUUGUAUAUUCUCAACUGGAUUUGUCGGUAUCUCACACAGCCCCAUUUCAAUGAAUGGAUAUCCUGUUUCUUUGGCUUAAUACAAACAGCUCUUUAUGCUGAUUUCUUCUACUAUUACUUCAUAUGGUACACAACCUCCAUUCCCAUUCUUUCUGUUCUAUAUGAGGCGUAG